AAAACUAGAAGCAGGGCUCUGAAACCACAAGUGUCGGCGGUACCUUCUCCACUCCAGCAAUGAAACCCACAGUCACAGACUCUCUCCUCUUACUCACCAGAGUCUCUGCUACUGUUGUCGCCAUUCUCGUCAUCACUUGGGCUCUCUACUUCACCACCAGCUUCCUCCCUACUCACACUCUCUCUCAACGAGACCUAAUUUACUCUAUUCUGCAUCCUUUGUUGAUGGUUAUUGGCUUCAUUCUCAUAAGUGGAGAAGCAAUAUUGGUGCAUAGAUGGUUGCCUGGUUCAAGAAAGAAGAAGAAAUGGGUGCAUUUGUGGCUGCAAGGGGUGGCAUUGGCAAGUGGGAUAUUUGGGAUCUGGACCAAGUUUCAGGGGAGAGAUGGAGUUGUUGCCAAUUUCUAUAGCUUGCAUUCUUGGUUGGGUCUCUUCUGUGUCUCUCUAUUUGGAGCCCAGUGGUUGAUGGGUUUUUUAAGCUUUUGGCAUAAAGGGGAAGUGCGAAUGACCCGAAUACGAGUUUUGCCGUGGCACGUUUUUCUCGGUCUCUAUACAUAUGGAUUAGCAGUAGUGACGGCUGAAACCGGGCUUCUAGAGAAGUUGACUUUCUUGCAAACAAAGGGAGUUGUGUUAAAGAGAUGCAACGAGUCAAUGAUCGUUAACGGUUUAGGGCUAGGGUUGGCCAUGCUUUGUGGGAUCGUGAUAUCAACCGCGAUCUCACCCAAACAGCAUCAAACUACUCCAGCAACAAAGGUCGUGUACUCAGACACCAAGUGCUUAACUUCUUAGUGGAAUUCAUAUUCCUUGCGUUUCAUUCGAUAUCGAAAACUCAUGUACAUAUGCAUGUUUUUUGAGUUAAAAGUGGUUCUACUUCGUUCUUUAA